CAUGUUUUUAUUAUUUUUCGCUUUACUUGCUACGUGCAAAGCCGCCCCGCUCACAGAAGAUGACAAUGAAACGGAAUUCGGUAACCAUUUUGAAGGUGAUAUGGUACUCAGUGCGUCUCAAAUGAGGGCAAUAAACACCGCGCAAGAUCAACGAAACGGCUUAUUCGAUGGCGCCAAGCGUUGGCCCAAUCAAACAGUUAUUUAUUAUAUUGAUAAAGACGAUUUUGAUGAAAAUCAAAUAAAAAUGAUCGAGGAGGGCAUGGCCGAUAUAGCUAAUAAGAGUUGCAUAAAAUUCAGACCACGUGCAUCUGAAGAACAUGCAUUGAGAAUUCAGGGUUCAGCAAAAGGGUGCUAUUCUAAUGUAGGUUUCAAUACGGAAGAUGACGACGAUGAACCGAAUCAGGUCUUGAAUCUGUCUAAAAGAUGCUUCAAGCACGGCACUGUGGUGCAUGAAAUGUUACACACACUUGGUUUCUAUCACAUGCAGAGUACAUAUGAUAGGGACAAUUACGUGGAAAUUGUGUGGGAAAAUAUUAAGUCAGGACACGAGCACAAUUUUGCCAAAUACAACAAUGACACUGUAACAGAUUUCGGCGUUUCAUACGACUAUAAUAGCGUCAUGCAUUAUCCAGAAGUGGCAUUUUCCAAGAAUGGAAAUAAAACUAUUAUCCCAUUGCAGGAAAAUGUACAGAUCGGACAAAGGCAGGGCAUGUCGGAAAGUGAUAUAGUGAAGCUCAAUAAAAUGUACUGCGAUAAUGAUGAAGGAUAUGCUACGUAA